GUUUGAGAAUCCUAAAGCGUUCACACUGCAUCCAAAACAAGUGAGUCAUGGCAGCCUUUAAUCAUCUCCGGCUGGUUUCUCUGGCCGUGCUGAUGCUGGCGUCUCAGCUGGACUUUGCCAGUGCUUCUGUUCGGGUGUUUGCUUUAUAUGCCAGAGACCUCACUGGAGAUCCUGCCGGAAACAAACCCGAUCCAUACGUCAAGAUCUGGUGUGGCUCUACUUUCGGGGGGCAGACAGAAUAUCACAAGGAUAACGCUAAUCCUGUGUGGUCUGCAGAGUUCAACUUCCCAAACUGCAAAUCGAAAGAAACCCUGAAGCUGGAGGUGUGGGACAAAGACCUGAAUUUCGAUGAUAAGUUGGGCACAUGUACUAAAACUGUGGAAUAUGGGUUGUCCUCUGUUACUUGUCAUCUGAAAAAAGGAUCUCUGUUUUACAAGUAUGAGCUCAAGCAAUAAAUAUGUUCUAAUGUGUAACUAGCUAGAAAAAAACACUGAACAAUAUGCAUUGAAUAUAGCCUUUUGAAUAUGCUCUGUAUGCAAUUGAUAUUCAAUAAAAUCUACUUGGAGAAA